AUGAAAGCGAUUUACUUCGUUGCCUUCUUCGAUCUCUUUGCAGUCUCCCUUAUAGUUCCUUCUCUUUCUGGUCACUUCUUGGAAAAUAACGUCGUCUGGGUGGGUUCUAUCUACGGCAUCGCCCAGCUGUUCUCUCAACCUUUCUUCGGGCGACUUGCGGAUAGUUAUGGCACUAGAAAUGUCACUAUUUGCUCUUUGCUGAUCUCGUCAUUCUCUUACUAUCUACUUUCUCAAGGGACCGGCUUGGCAAUUCUCAUCCUCGCGCGUAUCAUUGCUGGUGGCUCAAAGCAAACGCAAGAACUCUCCCGUCUCGUUAUCGUAAACGAAGAAACAGAAGAAAAUCGAGCACGCGUGGUCGGCCUUUUCAACUCCAUCGGCUCUGCUGGCUUCAUCCUCGGCCCAAUGAUCAGUGGAUUCAUCCGAGAAUCAUUUCCAACUGAUGGAUUUUACAUCUGCGCCAAGCUGACAUCGCUCAUUUUCGUAAUGAACGCAGCGCUCGUCUUUUUCUUCGUCGAACAAAAUAAUUCGAUUUCGCAAAAGAAAGAAAAAUCGAAGAAAGAGCAGCCGGGAAUCAAAUCGACAGUGUCGCAAUUGUUGAAAAUGUGGGACUUGUGUCUGCUGCGGUUGAUGCUGACAAUGGCGAUUUUGAUGGCGCGAUUCGUGAUGCCGAUUCUUUCGGAGCGCGCUUUCGGCCCUGUCAGAGCGGGAAUGCUCACUUCCUACACUUCUUUGGCGGGCACUGUUUCUGCCGCUCUGGCUUCUAAUAUCAUUCCAAAUUUGUCGAAAACUUACGAUUUGAAGCAGCUAGAAUUGUUUACUUGCGCUGGUCUCGCUGCAUCUGUUCUAGCGCUAGCACUUUUGUGGGGAAAUUCCUUUUGGCUCCUUUUCCUCGCCGUUCUCUUCAUCAACUGUUUCUUCACACAAUGCUCAAGAAUCCUCCUGACGCAAUUAACCGUCGCCCGCGCGCCGGUCGAAAACCGCGGCACGAUCAUGGGCUCGGUUACUUCGCUCACAGCAGUCAGCCGAUCCUUAUGCGACUUUGCGAACGCGUUUCUGCUUUCCUUUGGCGAUCUGGGUCCGUUACUUGCUUCUGCGCUGCUUUGCUCAUUUUCAAGUCUACUCGUUGCAAAGGCGAUUCCCAAAACUAAGCUCAAGGCGUCUUAA